CAGAUCUCUCAGCCACAGCAGUGAUUUUCUCUCAAGCAUCUACCAUCACUAGCUCCAAUCAGAAGAAUGGCUCGAUUAAUUGGGACUUUCCUGGGAAUAUUCCUCAUAAUCUCUGCUACUUCAGCCCAAAAUUUGCCGAAUGUUGAUCUCGAUGGGCUAAAAUCGCAACUCCCCGAAGGGCUUUUGCCCCAAAAUAUGGGCAAUGUCACGCAAACUGUUGAGGAAUUCAAGAAGUUAGUUAAGGAUAAGUGCAACAUGGUGUCGGGAAGUGAUGCAGCUUUUGAGGCAAUUGAGGAGGCUUCGGGGAAGUUGAUUGAAUGCCUCAUGGAUACAUUUAACUUCUCAACAAUUCAGGAGGAGAUUGAGAAAGCCCAACCCAAUGGGGAGCUCGAUACUGUCUUCAACAAAUACUGUAGGAAGCGUCAUAAUGCAACGGAUUGCAUUACAAGCUUCACAAAUCUCCUGGAGCCGUGCUUGACGGAGGAGGAGAUUUCCCAUAAGGAGGUGUACACAAACAUCAGCAAGAGCCUCUUGGGGUUCGUCUGCCACAAGGAUGGCGAUCAAAUUGCUCUUUUUAUUGCCGAAAAGGGACCCGAAUGUUUCCAGGAGCGCAAGGAUAGUCUCAUUGAGUGCUUCAACAAGACCUUCCCCAAAGUUUUUGAUCAAGUUCAUGAACCCGUAACGAUGGAUAAUCUCCCCAAAUUUGUCUUUGGAACUGAUCAAUGCCACGACAUGGAAAGGCUGCAGAUGUGCGUUGUGGAGGAGCUGGAGAAGUGUGAGGAAUCAACGCCGGCCAACCUUGUGGAUUCCGCCUUCAAGUUCAUUCGCAAUAAUACGCCAUGCAGCAACGUCACUUCAAUAAUCAAAAAGGGUGGUCCCAACAGUGCAGACAGCUCGAGGGCCUCCUUUGCCAUCAUUGGUAUGGCCCUCAUGACAACCACUGCUAGAUUUCUGCUGUGAAUUUAAGAGAAUAUGGAACAUUCGCAUAUUGACUGUGAUCCUCAUGAGCAGAAAAAGAACUUGAGAAAGAACACCCCCACACCACAGAACACUCGUAGAAAGUACGCGCACUUCUUUUUUUUUUUAAUUUCCCUGCAAUUGCUUUGUUUUUAUUAAUUUUUGAUUUAUAAAAGAAAUCUAAAGAGGUCAAAGUUUCCAAAGAGAAGAGCAUUCUCUUGUUCUUAUUCUAAAAUUGAAUUGGCUCUCUCUCUGUCUUAGCUUGUGCGUGUGUCGUCUGAUUACAUUAAUUGGCAAUUUAGUGGAAUUUAUUUCGUGAAUUUUUCUUUAUUAUUGAAGUUUUUUUAAAAAGGUAGAAUUAAGUUAAAAGAAAAGAAGAAUUAAAUGGAAAAGUGUUUACUAUGUAGGAAAAGCUUUAUUUUCUAUUAAUUAUUAUUCGUAAAAAAAAAGAAUUAUGUGGAAAAUGGUAUGUUGAUGUUUUCCCUGAGAUUUUCUUUCCUUCAUGGCAUAAUGUAAAAGUGAAUAAAAUCGUGUAAUUUAUAAUACAAUGAAAAAAAAAUGAAUGCAAAAAUGUAA